CAGAAAGCGGGCGGACUGAAACCGAUGGUGGUGUCGUGCUUUCUGGUGGACCAGCGGCGGAGGGUGAGGAGCACCAAGCCGGCGGCGGGGAUCUGCUCGCGGUGCGGGGCGUGCGCGCGGGUGGCGGACAUGGAGACGGCCACGCGCUUCUGCUACGUGCCGGUGCACCGCAAGAGCUGGCGGGCGAUUAUCUGCACCUUCUGCGGCGCCCUCCUCAGAUCGUACUACAACUAAAUUAUCCAGAGAGUUUGUUUCAUUGCCUUGUGAAUUAUGUACAAUACUAACCUGGAAAUAGACUGAUAGUACGUUCAA